GGAAGCCUUGGCGUCUAGGCUCUAGCCUGGGGAGCCUGAGCCGGGCACAGCCCCAGCUAGUGAGCGGAGCGGCCGCAGGCAGCCAAGAUGAGCAGCCGAGUGACUUUCUUCGAGGUGGGUGGAAAUCCUUGACUACAAGACAAAGAAACAACUAUGCUUCCUGGAUAAGGUUGAACCACAUGCCUCAAUCAAUGACAUCAGAUUGAUGUUCCAUAAAUUUUAUCCUCAAUGGUAUCCAGCAAGACAGUCAAUGAGACUAGAUCCCAAGGGAAAAGCCUUGAGGAAUGAGGAGAUCCUGCAAAGACUCCCGGUCGGGACAACGGCCACCCUCUAUUUCAAAGACUUGGGGCCACAGAUCGGCUGGACCAUGGUGUUUUUGAUCGAAUAUGCAGGCUCACUCUUCGUCUACCUCUUGUUUUACCUCCGAAUGCCUUUUGUCUAUGGCCUGGAAAAAAAACUCAUGUCAAGGAGACUUCCUGUGGUCAAUCUGGCAUGCAUCUGCCAUUCUUCCCACUACAUCAAACGAUUGAUUGAGACCAUCUUUGUCCAUCGGUUCUCUCAUGGGACCAUGCCUCUGAAGAGUAUCUUCAAGAAUUGCUUCUUUUACUGGGGAUUUGCUGCUUGGCUUGCUUAUUACAUCAAUCAUCCUCUUUACACGCCUCCCUCCUACGGACAAAAGCAGAUCAAUUUUUCUCUGAUCACCUUUCUGUUAUGUGAAGCUGGAAACUUUUCAAUCCACGUGGAACUCAAUAAUCUGAGAGGAAAUGGACCAAAGACGCGCCGCAUCCCCUACCCCACCAAGAAUCCCUUCACUUGGCUAUUUUUCUUUGUCUCCUGCCCUAACUACACCUAUGAGGUGGGGGCCUGGAUCAGUUUCACCAUCAUGACUCAGUGUGUCCCAGUGGGAUUGUUCACGCUGGUUGGAUUCAUUCAGAUGACAAUCUGGGCAAAGGACAAACACUGCACUUAUGUAAGAGAGUUCAAGGAUUACCCCAGUUUCAGGAUGCCAAUCAUUCCUUUCUUGCUGUAGGAAGCAAGUGGUGAUGAACGGGCACUUCAGCAGACCUAGGGGCAAAGAAGCCAACAUUUGAGCCCUGGUCUUCUGAGUUUCCUCAAAAAAAAAAAAAGUGGUGACUCUUCAAUGUUUAAAGUUAACCAAUUGGCAAUAAUCCUUUUAAAGACAGCUAAACUGAGGCACGGGGUGAGGUCUGUCAGCACUCCAGGGUAACAGAAUAUCCUCUUUUCCUGGGGGGAGGCUUGGAGCAGGUUCCUUCUAGGGUCCUUUCCAGCUUCCAGACCCUGUCAUUCUAUGUUUGUGUGUCUGCAUAAACAUGCACCUUCCUUUACGCACAUACCCGUGCAUAUUGAAAGGUAACACAUCUCGAUGUGUUUUCAUAAGGGUUUUUUUAUUUGUGUUUGGGAGUAGCAGUAGAUGGUUGUUUUCUUUUUGUUUUUAAGCCCAGGAAAGUUAUCAGAGCCUUCAUGUCUACGGAAACUCCCACCAUUUAGGACAGGAUGAUUCUGAUCAUUUCUUACAGAGCUGGCUUGUGUAACAAGAGCAGCCUGGGAGACUCCGGGGGAUUAUAAAUAGGACAGGGUGCCUGAGUCCUGACGGGCUCAGGCCUCAGAGCAAUACUCAGUGCCAUUCUCUUAGUCUCACCCAUGCAGAGGUGCCCUCAGUGUUAUUUAUCCAGCGGAUGAAGAAAUACCAGGACCUCUGCCAUUACGGCAGAUCCCAUGGGGUCUGAGUGAAAGGAAAACAGAGAAGUAGGAGGUGUAAUUGAUAAGCCAGUGCCUAGCUAUCUGAGCUGGGGGACAGGGCGGCGUGCGGACUUACCUAGACAGAAUAUGUAUCUCAUCUACCAUGUAGUCAAGUCACAAGUCACCCUAAGAAGAAACUUUUUCAUGUCUUGAAUUUAGGGAUAAGAAUAUAAAGGCAUGAAUCCAGGACAAGGGGGAAUAUCACAUGGAUUAACCAAUGCUAAAGCCAUAUCUGAAAGGACUCUGUUAAUGGGGAAAGUGGAUAAUUUAGCCUAAUGGGACUGAGGUACUGAUUGGAACAGCUCAUGAUUCUGGAGGGUCCAAGUCACAGACAUUCAAUUAUUAACCCAUUUAAAAUGUUGCUAGUUGACUUGAUCAUCUACACAACCCUCGACCUGUUUUCAUAAAACAAGUGGUGAUAAAACCAAAGGAUCUUCAUCCUUCUGGAUGUUUUCCAGUGUCAUGUUUUCAGCGAGGUUUUCAAAUGUACUUGGUGAACCGAUAUACUGAUCUCUCAUUCCUGAAUGGACAGGUCAGCUCGGCUUAGCUAGGAGGGUAGUCAGCCAACCUCAGGACCUCCCGGGGAGUUGAUCUUCUGCCAUCUGUUCAGGGGAAAGUUUUGAAGGUUUUCUAUAUACCUGAGCAAGAAACAAUCAAUCCCAUCCUAGUUUGUGAGAUAUUUUAAAGGGGAAAAAAUAUUUUAGGAUCUCAAAUUGGAAAACAUGAUUGCUAAUUUGUUCUGUGAUUGAUUUAUUUCACUAUGAGUGCUGUACAGAAAGAUUUUUGCAACUCUUUGUAACGAUGAUCUACAUAAUAAAGUCAAAGCUAUGUUU